CGCAAUCACAUAGGACGAAUCACUGUUGCUGCGACAUCGUCAUCUCUGUGCGACUCUCGCAACGAGUCAACGAUAAAAGGGAGAACAAUCUGAGCGGGACUGAAAAGAUGGCGCCUUCUCCGACGAAAAGGGAACGACCAGAGGACAAGGCUAAAGAACGAGGAAAAGAGAAAACAGGGACGGUGAAGGAGGGAGCUGAGAAGGAUCGAGGCAGGGACAAGGGUCGUAAACGGCGCAGUGCUUCUAGUGGGAGCAGCAGCUCCAGCUCCAGCAGCAGUUCUGGUUCCAGCUCUGGGUCUUCCAGUGGUUCUAGCUCUUCCUCAGGUUCAAGUCGCUCCGGGUCCUCCAGCUCCCGCUCCUCCAGUUCCAGCUCUGGAUCGCCCAGCCCGAGCCGCAGGCGCCACGACAACCGUCGGCGCUCACGCUCCAAGUCCAAGUCAGUGAAGAAGGAUGAGAGGGAGAGGCGUCGCAGGAGCCCCAGUCCCAGACCCACCAAGGUCUACCUGGGACGCCUGACCAGGAACGUCAUCAAGGACCACAUCCAAGAGAUUUUCUCCACCUAUGGGAAGAUCAAGAUGAUUGACAUGCCUAUGGAAAGGCUCCACCCCCACCUGUCAAGAGGCCAUGCCUAUGUGGAGUUUGAGACGCCAGAGGAGGCUGAGAAGGCUCUAAAACACAUGGAUGGAGGUCAGAUUGACGGACAGGAGAUCACAGCCAGUGCCGUGUUGGCUCCCCGGACGCGCCCAAUCCCCCGCAGACCCUCCCCUCCUCGCAGGAUGCCUCCUCCUCCACCCAUGUGGCGUCGCACCCCUCCGCGGAUGAGGAGAAGGUCACGGUCUCCACGGAGACGGUCCCCUGUACGACGCAGGUCCCGUUCCCGGUCCCCUGGGCGCAGACGCCACCGCUCGCGUUCCAGCUCCAACUCCUCUCGCUAACAUCCUCCAACUGUUGCCCCUUCCCUUUAUUCACCCUGGGUAUUCAGCAUAGUUUUAUAAGCCUGGAGACAUCGUGGUUAUGUAAUGGCUAAUGAUAUGCAAGCCCCGUCAGAUGAAGGGUGAUCCGCUUCCUCAAACUGUGGUUCUUGGUGUCCUAUCUUGUGGAAGACGGAAAUGUGAUCUGUAUCUUUUUAAUCUGUGUUUUUACAGGAUUCUUGUAUUACUUACUUUUUGUAGUAAAACGUAGCUAAAUUUUGCUUUAAUGAAGUCCCCCAUCAUAGUUGGUCUGUCUCCACAUGGAUCUGGCCUGUAUUUGUGCUGACAAUAAAUUUCAUGAGUGUUUGAAUUAUA